AACCAUACCCAGUAGACGCAAGAAGGUCUAAAUCAACGCCUCCAGGUCUAUAUCAUGGCCGACAACGCCCCCGUCACCAUUCGCACAAGGAAGUUCAUCACGAACCGCUUGCUUGCACGGCGUCAGUUCGUUGUCGAUGUCCUCCAUCCCUCUCGGCCCAACGUCCCCAAAGCCGAGCUCUCUGAGAAGCUUGCAGCGAUUUACAAGACACAGAAAGACCGCGUCGUAUCAUUUGGCUUCCGGACGCACUUUGGUGGAGGUCGGAGCACUGGUUUUGCUCUCAUCUACGACGAUGAGGCUUCGCAGAGGAAGUUUGAGCCCAAGUAUCGUCUAGUACGAUCUGGUCUUGAGACCAAGGUCGACAAGGCCUCCCGCAAGCUCCGGAAGGAGCGGAAGAACCGCGCGAAGAAGCUCCGCGGCACUAAAAAAGUCAAGGCCUCUGAGCCUCCGAAGAAGAGCAAAUAGGCUACUUUUUCGGUCUUCGGUUUUGGUCUUCGCCCAUUGCAUAUCGUCGCGUCGAGCAUUGUGUAUCUUACUGCGUAUGCUUUCCUCUAUCCUCUCAUGAUUCCAUGCGCCCACAGAAAUAUCGAUCAUGCCCUGCGUCCCGUGAGUGUCGUGUUAUGUAAAUCGCGGCGCGGAAGUUUUAUUCGGAGGAUGCUAUCUGCUCUGUCAUUGCAUACUGAGAUGACUUUCUGUCGACUCAAUUCGUCUGCAUUACGGGGGUCGUAAUGCAUAUGGGUGACUGCAAAUAGGUGAUGCUAAAGUUGCACUCUGCGUUGCUUGAGUUAUGAGGAACAGCAAUGAUGUACAUGCUGCUAUACUAUAUGCGCCAUUUAACA